AUGACACGGAAUGACCCUGAGGAUACAUAUACAUUACUCGAGAAACUCGGAACUGGGUCAUUUGGAACCGUAUACAAAGCCAUCAAUAAUGAAACGAAAAGGAUCGUUGCAGUAAAGCAAAUUGAUCUCGAAGACUCUGACGAUGAUAUAUCAGAGAUUCAACAAGAAAUAGCCCUCCUCUCCCAAUGUGACAGCCCGUAUAUCACUCGAUAUUAUGGAUCAUUUGUUAAGGGGUUUAAAUUAUGGAUUGUAAUGGAAUACCUAGCAGGUGGAUCGUGUCUGGAUCUACUAAAGCCAGGAGCGUUUGACGAACAGCAGAUUGCUAUAGUAUGUAGAGAGUUGUUGCUUGGACUCGACUAUUUACACCGCGGGGGGAAAAUCCACAGAGAUAUCAAAGCCGCAAAUAUUCUGCUCUCGGCUGAAGGAAAAGUCAAACUCGCGGAUUUCGGUGUCGCUGCUCAACUAUCAAACAAUAAGAGCAAACGUAAUACCUUUGUCGGAACUCCCGCAGACAUUUGGUCUCUUGGCAUAACAGCGAUAGAGCUAGCAAAGGGAGAACCACCGCUGGCAGAAUAUCACCCAAUGCGAGUUCUCUUCCUUAUUCCUAAAGCUAAACCGCCCGUAUUAGACGGCCCAUUUUCAGCCGCGUUCAAAGAUUUUGUUUCUUUAUGUUUAACGAAAAAGCCAGAGAAUCGCCCAACAGCAGAAGAGCUUCUUCGCCAUCGAUUUAUAAAAUCAGCGCGUCAAACGACGUACCUCCAAGAUUUAAUAGAUCGACUGGCAGAAUGGAGAGCGC